CAUGUGUGCACCCUCACAUAAAGUCGGUCGGCCAGGAGGAAUCCAGUUCAGACUGGACCAGGAGGGAUACGUUUUGACUGGUCACAUUGUACGGCAUGAAUCGACUGUUUUUAAUCUAACUUUGCAGAGAUCUUUAUAGAUCUCCAAGCCUUUUGGUGGACCUUAUGUUUUAAUUGACUUUCUUUAUCAAAACUCCUUCACUUUGGGAGCACAAUUAACACUCUGACAGUUUAAUACCUGCUGGUCAGUGCUUCUCAGGCUUUGGCCAUGAGUUUUUUCGGGUAUCGCCGAGAGCUGAGCAAGUACGAAGAUGUGGAUGAGGACGAGCUCUUGGCGUCGCUCAGCCCGGAGGAGUUGGCCGAGUUGGAAAAGGAGCUGGUCGACAUCGAUCCUGACGCCAACGUGCCCAUUGGACUCAGACAGAGAGACCAGACAGACAAAACCCCAACCGGUACUUUCAGCAGAGAUGCCCUCAUGAAGUACUGGGAAAACGAGACCCGUAAACUUUUGGAAAAUGAGAUAGCAGGAGGGAGCCCCAAACUGGAUGAAGAACAAGACGACGAGUGUCUGACAGAAGAAAGCAGUGAAGAGGAGAAAGAAAAAAAUGACGAGAGUGAAAAGGAAAGCAAAUGGUCAGAAAACUCAAAGGGGGAAGAUCACAAAGAGGAAGACAGUGAUGAAGAAGAAGAGGAAGAAAGUGAGGAAGAAGAGCCUGUAACAAAUGAAGACGACGAUGACGCUGAAACGGAUGAAGACAAACAAGACAAUGUGGCAAAACCUGAACUCUUGAGAGACUCGGUGCAUGCGGUCAAGCCGACGCUACUGAGGCCUCAGAAGGUGGAGCCUGUGAGGCUGACUCCGCCCCCUCCACCGGAGGACCUAAACUCCAGUGGAAACCCUACUGUUGUUGAUGAUGCGUUACAGCGAGUUCUCAGUGACGACUCCGAACUCACUGAGGUGAAUCUGAACAACAUUGAUGACAUCACACAGGAAACUCUAAUUCGAUUUGCUGAAGCACUAAGAGCUAACACCCACGUGCGAGUCUUCAGUCUUGCGAACACGCGGGCUGAUGACCACGUCGCUCUGGCCAUCGCUAAGAUGCUGAAGGAGAACGCAUCCAUCAUCAGUCUGAACAUAGAGUCCAACUAUGUGAGCGGGAAGGGAGUGAUGGCUUUGGUCCAAGCACUUCCGGGCAACAACACCCUGACCGAGCUCCGCUUUCACAACCAGAGGCACAUGUGUGGAGGACAGGUGGAAAUGGAGAUGGUGAAGAUUCUGAGGGAAAACCACACUUUGAUCAAGCUCGGCUACCAGUUCAACCUCCCCGGUCCCAGGAUGAGCAUGACUGGGAUACUGACCAGGAACCAGGACCGUCAGAGGCAGAGACGGCUGCAGGAGCAACGGCAACAGCAACAAGGAGGGCAAGAUGGAGCUGUGAACCCAAGAACCUCUGCGCUGAGAGGAACACCCAGUUCGUCGCCCUACACUUCACCCAGAGCCUCACCUUGGUCCUCACCCAAACUAACGGCUAAAAAACAGACUCCGCCGCCUCCUCCUCCACCUCCACCACAUCCUCCACCGCCUCCUCCUCUGCUCCUUCCACCGCCACAGGAGAAGAAGAGGCCCACGCGGAUGAUCGCGGAGGUCAUCAAGGCCCACGAGGCAGGCAGCAAGAAGGUCGCCAAAACCAAAGGGAAGAAGGGCAAGAAGGGCAAGGCGAAGGAGAUGAAGAGGGAGACGGGCUGCAUCCUGAAGGAGCUCAAGAACGCCCUGAGGCCCGUAUCGGCCGAGAGGAGGACGGAGGAGGGUGGCAGCAGGCCAUCCACGCCGAUGAGGUCUGCCCACGAUCAGCUAAUGGAGUCCAUCCGCAGCAGCAGCCUCAGGAACCUCAGACGGGUGGAAGUUCCACAUCACCUACGAUAAGGAACGAAGACAUCGGCCCUGCGGGAUAAUGGUGGCGACGAUGAUGGCGACGAUGGAAGAGGGGACAAAUUGGAUUUCUUUCUCCGAGAAAAUGGGAAGGUGUACUGGAAAUUUGCACUCAAAAUCCUGAACUAUUUUAGGAUAUUUAAAGAUACAGACCCCAUCCGCUUUUGCCAAAAAAUAAUUCCUAAUUGUUUCAGGUCAUCAAACAAAUUUUAACAUCAAACACAUGUAACCUGAGUAAAUACAGAAUGCAGUUUCCAAAUAAUAAAAUAAAAAGCUAUUCAAAGCAGGUGAAAUUCGUUUAUUCCAAAUUGUCUUCAGAUUUUGACACCUAUUAGCAAGCUUCAGUUUGUUAGAAGAAUUUCCUAACUAUAAGAGUCAGCAUUUGUGAGGUAAGCGGCUGCCUAGGGCCUCCACGCCACCAGGGGUCCCCCAAGAGCAAUAAACUGGUAUAAUAGAAAAAAAAUAUUUUAAAAUAACAUUGAAUAAUGCAAACUAAGUGCUAUUCCUAUGUUAUUUUUGGAGAUAAUAAUGAUUAAUCUCUUCCCGUUGAUGGCCGCUGCCACUGUUGGGGAAAUAUAAGAUAGUAAAUUUAGUGUUUAUCAGUUGAUGUUACUUUCAAAUAGUUAAAAUAAAAUGUCACACUUAAAUACCACUCUGCAUUUAAAAUCCAAAUGAUUUUUAAAAAAAUUUUUACUCCUGUAGCUUUGAAAUCAAUAGUCAUAAUAGUACUAGUAUAAUGUACGCUAAUAACAAAUGAUGCUAAAGAUAGCAGGUAUGUUACACACAGAGUAGCAUAGGAAUUCUAAAUCAUCUGGUGUUGAAAUGUUGGUAUGGGGGCUGCUUAGAGUCCCAAAAAGACUUGCACCGGCCCUGGUGACAAGUCAAUUUGAACUUUUUAAAGUUUUUUCCCCCUCAAUCAAUUUUAUUCCAGUUUUGAAAGCAGCAUUUUGUAUCUACUCUGGCUAUUUUAGUCUGAUAAUCUUAUUCAUUAAAAUGUGACAAAAAAAAGAAGCAAAAUGUCUUGCUUUAGCAUCCUCUCACAGUAGAAAGUAACAUGAGUUUUCUUAUUCUUGUUUACUGACAUUUUCUAAAUGUCUAUUUUCAUGUAAGACUGUAAAUAUGAUGUGUGUUUUUUGGUAGAAAUAUGCGUUCGUUUCUAAAUAUAGCCAUUUACUUACUUGCAGCGCUUGCGUUGUUCGUGUCUUCUUUGGUUACUGGGUGAGUUUUAUUCAAGGUGGGAAAAAGGGAGACAAAUAUAUAUACAAAGACGUAUAGGCGGAUCAUUAAAAAAAAUAAAUAUAUUUGCAUUUUUUCAGCCUGAAUGAGUCAGCCUGCUGGUGAGGAGCCGCUGAUGCACACAACUCUCUCAGAGACGUUGACAACACACCCACUCGUGUGAGCACGUUUUUGAAGCCGCGUUUUUGCGCGCUUUCUCUGAACAAGUUGCAACACAGAACAAGUGAAGUGAAAUAAUAAAAAACUAAACACUCACUCUGACAUCACUGAUGACGCCAAUAUUCCCAGCAGCAAGUAGUGAGCAGUAAGCUUAUGAUUCUUUUUCUUAAAAGACGAUGGGUGGAAACAUGCAUAUUUUUGAGGUGGAUGCGAACAUCUCACCGAUGCUCUCACUCCCAGGACAUAAGUGAGCCAAAGAGCCGCUUCUGUUAGCUUGUGUCUAGAACAUUAAUAAAAUGGUGAAAUAAUAUUGACCAUAAAACACUAUUUAUAAAAGAUAUCAACAUUUUUCCUACACAAUCCUAACAAACGUUUUUAACGUUCUCUUCACAAUAUUUAUUUACUAUUAAUCUAUUUGUAUGAUUUGUUCUAUAAAUUGCCAUCUAUAUUAUUUUUAGGUCUCAGGAAAUGACUGAAGGAUGAAGAGAUUGACGUCUGGUUCUUUAGGUUCUGACGGGUUUGCGUUUCCUCUCCUGAUCCAUUCUGUCUGAUAUCAAACCCACUGGGUGCCACUGAAUAUCACCGACAUUUAUUUUAAUGCCCCUAUUAAACUUCUUCGUGAUUCUUUA